GGGAGGUCAAAACAAAACUGACUCGUGACCAACAAAUUGUCACGAUGGACUAGGUAGAGGGUACAUCCCCCACGCUGAAUUCAGCCAAUAAAAGUGCAUUUCUCUCUUAAUUCUCUUCAUUUUUAUCGAGGAUCGAUAAAAAAAGAUGAACUACAUUGCCGGCGUGGAGCUCGGAGGCACUACAUGUAUUGCUGCAAUUGCAGAGUUAAGCCAACCAACAAAGAUUAUUGAGAGUUUUGAAACAGACACCAAAGCCAAACCACUGGAGACGCUCUCAAGUUUGACGAAAUUUCUCAGACAGAAGCUUGCGAGUCUGGGCAUCAAUUCAUAUGCAGCCGUCGGAAUUGCGUCCUUUGGGCCUGUAGACCUGCGCAAGAGUUCCCUAACCUACGGCUUCAUCACCACAACUCCAAAAGAACCUUGGAGAAAUACUGAUAUUGUUGGCUUUUUCAAACAAGAAUUCGGCGACACUACUCCAAUUGGGUUCGAAACGGAUGUCAACGCACCUGCGAUGGCUGAACUUGCGAAAAUUGAACACGAUCCCGCGGAUACACCCACGGUGGUUUACAUCACUGUUGGAACUGGUGUCGGUGUUGGGGCUGUGGUGGGCGGGAAACCCAUUCACGGGCUCCUCCAUCUCGAGGGAGGACAUAUAAUGGUACCUCCCAUCCCUGGGGAUAGCUACCCUGGGGGAUGUAGUUUCAACCAUGAGUAUUGUAUAGAGGGCAUGGUGAACUCUAAAGCAAUUGCAGCUAGAGCUGGGGUAAGCCAAAGGGAACUCCACACCCUGGCAGAUGAUCACGAGGUGUGGGAGAGGGCUGCCUACUACCUUGGAGUUCUGUGCCUAAACAUUACAUAUCUGCUCUCUCCUCACGUGAUUGUCUUGGGAGGAGGAAUCCUGAAGCGUAAGAUACUUUUUGGCAAAGCAAGAAAAUGGUUCAAGGAUUUACUGAAAGGAUAUCUUGAUGUGGAGAAAUUCAAGUCAGAAGAAGGAUUGGCAAGUUACAUUAGAGAAAGUGUUUUUGGUGAUUCAACUGGAAUUAUUGGUGCUUUAGAAUUAGCCAGGAAAGAAGUGUCUAACAAGGAAAAUUAAGACAGUGUGCCUCAUACAAGUGGCAGAAAUUAAACUACAAAUUUAUUGAUUAAUGGAUAUUUAACAAUUUUCAGUUUUUUUAAUUUAAUUUCCUUUGGCUCACCAUUCAAUAGACAUUUAAUUUAAACAAAAUGGAAACUAUAGAGAAUUGUAUGCUUUGGUAUCAUAACAUGAAAAAGAGAAUUUGAUCAAAUGAAUAAAAAUGCAAUUUGUAAUAAUAUAUUAUUCAGUAAUUGUUGAUAGUAAUGUUUUAGUCUUGCUUGAGUAUUGAGAAACUUUGUUUGCUGCAAACCAAGUUGGAAGUUUAUUUAAUUUGUUCUAAUUUAAAGAAAUUUAAAU